CAGCUAUCGUCUAGCGCAGCGAAUUGAGUAUCCGCUAGCAGCGGGAUCGGCUGAUGCAGCAGUAAACUCUACCAAAACAUCGAACUUAGAUACGGGUGCAGCUCAGAAUGGAUCAGUGCUUGGCUAUGGCACCACACUGGCAUGUAGCUGUGCCGGGGAUGUGCUGGUCGUCGGUUCUCCGCUCAGCAACAAUGGUUCUGGCGAGGCGUUUGUUUUCCAGAACAUUGCUGACGAGUACCAAUUACAAGCAACAAGCAGCCGGCUUGUGACACAG